GCGUGUGUAGAUGGCUCAUCUCACCCACAUCGCUGGAAACACUGCAGCAUCCGCGCGAUUAUUCUCGCACACAUCGACGGCAGUACUGUCGGAUCUCCCCGUGUUUCUCCUGUCGCUCUCUGGGUCUGUGUCCGUGGAUCGGUGUCGGUGUAGCGGGUCGCUGCUGCUCAGUGAGAUGCUGCAGCUCUGACCGUCUGGGAUCCGCCCCCUCGCUCACACUCUCGCUGUCGCCAUGACGACCUCGGCCCUGCGGCGGCAGGUGAAGAACCUCGUGCACAACUACUCGGACGCGGAGAUCAAGGUGCGCGAGGCGACCUCUAACGACCCCUGGGGCCCGUCCAGCUCGCUGAUGUCGGAGAUCGCCGAGCUGACCUUCAGCGUGGUGGCCUUCAGCGAGGUCAUGGCCAUGGUGUGGAAGCGCCUCAACGACCACGGCAAGAACUGGAGACACGUCUACAAGGCGCUGACGCUGCUGGACUAUCUGGCUAAGACAGGCUCGGAGCGCGUGGCCCAGCAGUGCCGCGAGAACGCCUUCACCAUCCAGACGCUGCGGGACUUCCAGUACGUGGACCGGGACGGGCGCGACCAGGGCGUGAACGUGCGCGAGAAAGCCAAGCAGCUGGUGGCUCUGCUGCGGGACGAGGAGCGUCUGAGGCAGGAGCGGGCGCAGGCGCUCAAGACCAAAGAGAGGAUGACGGCGUACCCCAGCAGACGCAGCAGCCAGCCCAGCAUGAACGCUCUGUACGGAGAGGAGUCCAGAGGAUCGCCCACCUCCUUCAACUCGUCCUCCUCGUCUCCCCGAGCGUCUGAUCUGGAGCAAACUCGACCGCAGACGAGCGGAGAAGAAGAGCUGCAGCUGCAGCUGGCGCUGGCCAUGAGCAGAGAGGAGCAGUGCAGCCGUCAGGGGGACGACGCUCCUCUGCAGGAGGCUCUGGAGGAGAGUAAGGGCGAGCGAGACCCGCGGCCUUCAGAGUCGGCCAUGAUCGAUCUGGUGGAUAUAUUCGGUCCCACGCCUGCCGCGCAGGUCAGCGAUGACCCCUGGGACGCCCCGCCCACCUGCUCCGUGAACUCUGACCCCUGGAAGUCUGUCGCUGUAGUUAAGUCUAGUAACCCGGUGGCUGAUAGUCCCUGGACGGCCCGCUCUUCCUCCAGUAGCCCCGCCCACCCAUGGGGAACCCACCAAUCACCUCCUGACCCCUGGGAUGCCCCGCCUUCAAACUCCACCUCUAACAUAGAUGAAAAAGCCUGGAGGAGCCCAGCGCGACCAGUGUCGAGUGUGAAGGACCCAUUUACUAUUCCAGAGGAGGAGGAGCUUAGAGUGGAGGGGGAGGAGCCUAUAGUGGAGCAGGCGGAGCCAAACCGAGUGUUCAGUCCUCGCUGUGAGAGUCCUGCAGAUGCCGAUCAGUUCGGCGAGUUGGUGGUGGGUGUUCAAGUGAACGGACGGGGGAAUGACAGUCCAGAGACCUUUGACCUCUCUCGUCUUGGGCCUCCUCAGGACGCAGUGAGCCCUAGACAGUGCCGGACCCCUGAGGCGUUCCUCGGCCCCACUGCUGCCUCCCUCGUCAACCUGGACACGCUCAUUCCCACCAACCCACCGGUCAAGAGCAAAAACCCCUUCCUGUCAGGUCUGAGCACACCAUCUCCCACAAACCCCUUCCACUGUGAGCAGCCCAGACUGACUCUGAAUCAGAUGCGUCCUCACUCCACGUCGCCGCUGCCGGCUCACGCUCUGUCCUACAGCGCCUCCCUCCCUCUGCCCGUCCUGCAGCAGAAGCCCCAGACUCUGCCCUCGUCCUUCACACAGCCGCCCCACGGCCUGCUGGACCUGCCCAGCAACCUGCCGCAGCCACUGCUGCCCCUCACAACCUCCACUCGACAAACACAGCACCCCGGCCAAAGCCACAACCCCUUCCUCUGAGGAACCGCAGUUUCCUCUGAAACCAUACUGAAACUGGAUUGCAGCAAUUCGGUUUCAGUGUGAACUGACUGAAAGGCUGACUUAAAGCCAAAAG